AUGAUUCAUCGUCGCUUUUUCUUUGCGGUUUCAACUUCCCUGUCAUCACUAAUCUGGGGUAUGCGUUUGGACCCCGGGGGACCAGAUUCUACAUCCCAUAUCCUUCCCAGCAGGCAAUCCUUCGUACCUCCCUCUUCUCCACGUCUUGACGAACCCCCGUAUCCGACUUCUCCCUUAACUGUUCAGGUACCGCCUGGAUCACUGGACCUCUGA